AUGGCCACAAAGGCUUGGAUUAUAAGAGAACCUCUUGCAGAGUUUAUACCAUCUCAACAGUCUAUCGGAGAAUCAUCUAAUCCCCAACAAUCUGACAUAGUUAUUGCUGAAGGCAAUUACCAAACAGACUAUUAUGAAACAGAUGGAGAUGAAAGUUUGGAAUUUGAUGUGGAGCCAGAAGAUGAAGUUACAAGAAGGAGAAGUAGGUAUCCAAGGUACGAUCCUAAUUGUAUUGUGCCUGUGUUUACUACAUCUAUGAUGUUUGAUGAUGGUAGACAAUUCAAAGAUGCUGUCAAAAAGCAUUCAGUGGUCGAGCGUAGAGAGAUAAAAUUUGUCAAGAAUGAAAAGAAAUUUGUUAGGGCAAAAUAUGUCUAUGUAAAUUGUCCUUGGAAGAUUUCUGCAUCUUUUGAUGUUAGAACUGGAUCAUUCCAUGUGAAGGCUUACCAUGAAGAGCAUACUUGUAGCAUUAGUUUCACUAAUAAGAGGGUCACAAGUUCUUGGUUGGCGGAUCACUAUUUUAGUACACUUAGAGCAAUGCCAACUAUAAAAACCAUUGCUUUUAAGGAACUUAUUAAGGAGCAGUUGGGCUUAAAUGUAACUAUAGAUCAAUGCAAAAAAGUGAAACUGCUUGCCUUUAAAGUUUUGAUGGGAAAUUAUAGGAAGGAAUAUUCAAAGUUAUGGGAUUAUGUGGAGGAGCUAAGAGAGACAAAUCCUGGGAGUACUGUUACAUUGAAGGUUGAAAAGCCUGACAUGCAUUCUAAAGCAUUAUUUGAGAGAAUGUACAUAUGCUUUGCUGCAUGUAAGAAAGGAUUUCUUGAUGGAUGCAGAAAAGUUGUGGGGUUAGAUGGCUGUUUUUUAAAGGGAAUUUGUAAAUGGGAGAUAUUGUGUGCUGUUGGAAGAGAUGCAAACGACCAAAUGUUCCCAAUUGCAUGGGCAAUUGUGAGAGUUGAAAGUGGAGACACUUGGACUUGGUUUUUGACAAGUUUGAUGUAUGACCUCGAUAUGAUAGGCACAUAUGGACAAGGUUGGGUUAUAAUUAGUGACAAGCAAAAGGGCCUUCUUCAAGCCGUGGUGAACUUGUUGCCUUUAGCUGAGCAUAGAAUGUGUGCUAGACACAUUUAUGCUAAUUGGGACCAAAGGUAUAAGGGAAUACAAAUGCAAAGACUAUUUUGGCAAUGUGCUAAGAGCAAUACUAUGGUGGAGUUUGAUGAACACACACAGGCAUUGAAGAAAAUCAGUCCUGCUACGUAUCAUGACUUGAUUCAAACAGAGCCAAAGCACUGGAGCAGGGCUUUCUUUACUACUGAGGUUAAAUGCGACAUUGUCGAUAACAAUUUAUGUGAAGCAUUCAACGGAAGAAUUAUUGAUGCUAGGUGUAAGUGUAUUUAUAGUAUGUUAGAAGAGAUGAGAAUAAUGAUCAUGACAAUGAUGCAUACACAGAGGGAUGCCUGUGCUCGAUGGAGAAUGGAUUGUGGUCCAAGAAUCAUUAAAAAGUUGGAAGAAAAUAGAGUCGGCGCAACUUAUUGCCAUGUGAUAUGGAAUGGCGAUGCUGGAUAUGAGGUGUUGGAUAAGGGUAUUAAGUACGUAGUUGAUGUGUCCAAGAGAAAUUGUACUUGCAGGAGGUGA